AUGUUUUAUUUAUCUGAUCCUAAUGACGUGUUGAAAAUAAAAAAUUAUUUGGAAAGCCAGGAUAGAGACGUUAAUAAAACUAUCAUUAACAAUGAUAACAUUCAUAGUGAACAAAAUCAAACAAUAUCUUAUCGCGUUAGAGCUAUUUUAGUUCCCAAAACUAGUUUGUUUCCUGGAGUAUGGGAAUUCACUUUAAUUGUUGUUGUCGUGUUAUUAGCGAUUUCUUUUCUAACAUCAGUUGCAAUGCAUUGUCAUCUUUUUAGGCUUAAGAGGAGACAAAGACGUCGAGAGGCGAAUUCGGUACCAUUUUCACAUGAAAUGAAAACGACGACUUUAAAUUCUGAUAUAUUAAACACGUUUCCUAUUAGACUUUACAAAAACUCGUCUAAAUUAACUACAAACGACGAUAAAUCUGCUGAAAUUAUCCAACAGACUACAUUAGGUGAUGGUAGUGAUAAUGUUAACGGUAUUGAAAAUAAACUUAAGUCUAAUGAUGAAAAAAUUGAAAAUCCUUCUGAUGAAAUGCUCGAUAUUGCAAUAAAUAAAGAACAACAACCUUUAUUAUUAAAUUAA